AUGACGGGCAACCCGUCGGCCAACCCCAACCUCACGGGCACCCCCUUCGCGGACGGCACCGGCACCCCGCCGCUGGAGUGUGGCGGCCCAAACAAUGUGCUCGGCUGCCACACCAAGCGGUGCAAGCGCUCGGCCAUGUAUGCGAUGGCCAUCGCCGAGGCGCCCGACGACCCUGCCGGCGACGACCGCCCGCAGGUCUCCUGCAUCGAGAACAUGCUCGAGCUCAUCGCGAAGUUCCAUUUCACUGUGGCACAGCUCGCGUUACAAAACCUUGAUUUUGACCAUUUGCGCAAAAAGGACACGGUCUCGACGCGCUCGGUUGCCACGACGAGGUCGAGCACGCUUCUAUACGCUCGCCGAGCCUUCCUUUUCAUCCCAUUAGGCAGCCUGGGAACGGUGGCGGCUGACUUUGAGGCACCAUCAUCGGACGAUGUCGACGAGUUGGGUCGCUCUCGCGGUAGCCAGAUGACCUCCCAUGCUAGUACCAUCGGCUAG